CAAGACAAGCCGAAAGAUGGUUCGGAGACGUCCAAGGCUGGAAAGUAACUCGUAAAACAAGAAAACCAAGGACAAGAAUUUUAUAAAUAAUUGUUGAACAGGUGUAGGAAGGGUUAGGGAUUUUCAAAUACAAGUCAAUAUGGCGGAUAUGCGUCGUCCUUCGUCUGUGCCUUCGGAAGACUAUUACACCAAGUCCAGAAUGACAAAUGCGAGAGCCCGUAGCACUUCGGCUUCGAUUCAGGGAGACCCAACACCGAUAACAUUGGGAAGCAUAAUAACUUCAAACAGAUCAUUAUUUUUACUGUCCGAAGGGAACAUAAUACGUAGAGUAUGCAAGAAAAUCGUGGAGUCGAAACCUUUUGAAUAUUUUAUUCUGUUGACUAUUCUUGUGAAUUGUAUUCUUUUAGCGGCAAAUACUCCAUUGCCUGARAAGGAUAAAUCAGAUUUGAACGUACAAAUUGAAAGCCUUGAAAUAUAUCUACUGGCAAUUUUUUGUUUAGAAUGUGUGUUAAAAGUUUUAGCUUUGGGCUUUAUACUUCAUCCUGGCUCAUAUUUACGAAGUGGAUGGAAUAUACUGGACUUUACGGUCGUCGUAACAGGCAUACUAAGUCUACCGCAAUUGAAAAUCAACAUAAAUGCGUCUUCGCUAAAAGCUCUCAGGGCUGCAAGAGUUUUAAGGCCCCUCAAGCUCGUUUCUGGCAUACCAAGUCUUCAAGUUGUAAUGAAGUCAAUUAUGUGUGCAAUGUUGCCACUGCUGCAGAUAUGCUUGCUUGUAGGAUUUGUUAUCGUAAUUUAUGCAAUCAUAGGAUUAGAAUUUCUUUGCGGCAAAUUUCAUUAUGCCUGUUUUAACCCUGGAGUAAAUGGUUCAGCACCUACUAUAGCAGGUGAUGACCCAGAGCUUUGUGAUCCAGAUGGUAAAGGUAAAGGAUGUGAAGGCUCUCUGRUAUGUCAAAGAUAUUGGGAUGGACCUAACGAUGGUAUUACCAGCUUUGACAACAUUUUCGCUGGUUGUUUGACUGUUUUUCAAGUAAUAACCAAUGAAGGAUGGACAGACAUCAUGUACUGGACGUUUCGCGUGUACGAUAAAGAUGGCUUGGCCUUCUGGUUGUAUUAUUACUCACUCGUCAUUAUAGGAUCGUUCUUCAUGCUUAACCUGGUUCUCGGUGUCCUUAGCGGAGAAUUUGCUAAAGAAAGAGAACGAGUAGAAAAUAGAAGAGAAUUUCUAAAAGUGCGAAGAACAAAACAGAUGGAAAGAAUGCUGCAUGGCUACCUCGAUUGGAUAAGUAAAGCUGAGGAUUUAAUGUUAGAAGAAGACGAAGACGAAGGWGAAAGAAACGUAGACAUUCUUCGGAAGCGGAACCUCGAUCGAGUUGAGGAUGGUGACGUAGCUAUGACGUCACAGGUCCUAACGGGGGCCGGCGGGAGAAGACAUCGACUAAAUACAGGACAAAAGAGAACAUGUUGGCAACGUUUUGUACGUAAAAACAAGCGAUGGCGAAUUCGUGUAAGACAGGUUGUAAAGCAUCAAGCGUUUUAUUGGUCUGUUAUUAUCUGCGUGUUCCUAAACACGGUUAUCACUGCUUGUCAGCAUUAUCAACAACCAACUUGGCUGACGCAAUUUCAAGAAAAAGCAGAGCUGAUCUUCAUAUCGUUCUUCUUCCUGGAGAUGUGUUUGAAGCUGUACGGCCUUGGACCCCAGUUAUAUUUCAAGUCUCAAUUUAACACAUUUGACUGUGUGGUCGUGUGGUGUGGUAUAUUAGAACUUAUUAUCAGUCAUAUUGAGGGUAUUGAGCUUGGUAUAUCUGUUCUUCGAGCUCUCAGGCUGCUACGAUUGUUUAAAUACACAAGAUAUUGGUCAUCGCUUAGAAAUCUCGUCACGUCRYUGCUUAGCUCAGUGCGGUCUAUACUCAGUCUAUUGUUCCUUCUCUUCCUCUUUAUUGUCAUUUUCGCGUUAUUGGGAAUGCAGAUUUUUGGAUCUCAAUUCCGAAACCUCCCAGGCAGAGAYGAAAACCCAAGAACAAACUUUGACGACUUCUGGAAUGCGUUCCUUGCAGUAUUUCAGAUUCUGACUGGGGAGGACUGGAACGCAGUAAUGUACGACGGCGUGCUUUCAGCGGGUUGGCUUACGCCUGGUGGAAACAGGGCSGGUGCGCUUGGGUACUCGUUAUACUUCGUAGCUCUCGUGGUCCUUGGAAACUACGUUCUUCUGAAUGUAUUCUUGGCUAUCGCCGUCGAUAACUUGGCCAACGCCCAGCAAUUGAGUGCUGAUGAGGCUGAAGAAGAAGAAGCUAGAGAAGAACGGAAACGUGAAAUCAUGGAACAGUUUCAAGAUUCUAAAUAUUCUCCUAAAGAUGGCGGGAGGAAUGGAAACGCACGCAGAGAUGAUGAUGAUAUGGGACCUAACGAAGACGAAUUUGAAGAAGUGGAAGAAAGCGGGAAAAAAUUAAGUGCGAAAAACUUCCUAAAGAGCUUAAAGAAUCCAGACAAAAUUAUCGAGCAGCGUAAACCAGGCGAACCAGUACCCAUCAUCAACACUUGGUCACUCUUUCUAUUCCCACCCGGAAAUCCAGUUCGUAAAUUCUGUCACUGGCUGGUCAAUCUACGUCAUUUUGAUAAUGUCAUCCUCGUCAUCAUAUUGAUUAGUAGUGGACUGCUGGCCGCCGAAGAUCCAGUUGUCGAAAACUCCGAGCGUAACAAGAUUCUUACCUAUUUUGAUUAUGUAUUCACGACGAUUUUUGCGAUGGAAGUUGUUGUCAAGCUAAUUGACUACGGCGCUAUUCUUCAUCCCGGGUCAUACUUCAGAGACGCGUGGAAUUGUAUCGAUGCACUUGUCGUGUCUUGUGCCAUUGCAUCUCUUGUUUUAAGUACCAACGAGGAUUCGUCUGCCGGAUCGAAGAAAACCGUAAAAGUUCUCCGUGUUCUUCGUGUACUCCGUCCUCUGAAAGCCAUCAACAAAGCCAAAAAGCUAAAAGCAGUAUUUCAGUGCAUGGUGUUCUCGCUCAGGAAUGUCUUAAACAUCUUAAUCAUCACAGUUCUAUUCUUAUUCAUAUUUUCUGUUAUUGGGGUCCAGCUCUUCCAGGGCAAAUUUUUUACGUGCUCAGAUAAAUCYAAGAUGACAGAGCAGGAAUGCCGGGGCCAGUAUUUUGAAUAUAGUGACUACAGGGAUCUCAGUAAACUCGAAGUUAAAGACAGAGAGUGGGCGAACCAAGAGUACAACUUCGAUAAUGUAUUCAAAGCAAUGUUAGCGUUGUUUGCAUCRUCGACUGGUGAAGGUUGGCCAGCUCUUAUGCAAGCGUCUAUCGACACUACAGGUAUCGAUCGCGGCCCAAUUGUCGACAACAAGGUGGAAAUCUUCUUGUUCUAUAUUUUCUUCGUGAUUGUUUUCUCGUUCUUCUUCUUGAACAUCUUCGUCGCUUUGAUUAUCUUGACCUUCCAAGAGCAAGGAGAAAAAGAGCAAGGGGACUGUGAAUUAGAUAGAAACCAGCGCGAUUGUCUGCACUUUGCGAUAGUGGCCAAGCCGAGUGAACGAUUCAUGCCCGAAGAUCCAAACACCAUCCAAUAUCGUGUAUGGAAACUCGUGGAUUGUAGACCUUUUGAAUUCACGAUCAUGACUUUGAUUGCACUAAACACGUUGAUUCUAAUGAUGAAGUUUGAUAACGAACCGAAGGAAUACCGUUACUGGCUCAAUCUCUUUAAUACGAUAUUCACGUUCAUGUUCACGACAGAGGCCAUUCUAAAGCUUAUUGCAUUCAGACAGAACUACUUUCGAGACAGUUGGAACGUGUUUGACUUCGUUGUUGUAUUGGGAAGUCUUCUGGACUUUAUCUUGGAUAAAGURAUGGUACGUAUGUGACGUCAUAAGGAAAGGGGUGCUUCAUGUAAAGUGGCCUAUAGGUCGAUUAUCACUAGUCUAAACGGCGAAGGAAGCGUGGAAGACGAGAUGAAAGUCUAAUGAAUGAACCUUGAUCCGUUUUGCUUCGUCUGGUUUUCACUAAUGAUAUCUUAACAACUUCGUUCCCAGUCCCUUAACGUCAGACGAAGGGAAAAGGGCCUGGGAACGAUGUUGAUAUCUACAUGCGUGAAAGUAGCACACUGAUAUAUGUAUGAACAGCGUAGCGUUCAA